CAUGCAAAUGUUUGUUCCGAAGACAGAGAAGAAUUGUGUUGUUUUUUCUGUCUCGUUUCAAUUAAAAAACCAUUUAGAUGACUUAUUUUAUCACUAUUUGUAAUUUACUUUUUGUCGUCACUUGUGUUAAGUCUUUUAAGUAGACAUUUUUUCGGUGACAUAAGUUUCUGAUCGAUUCGUCAGCAUAUUGCUGCCUUUUCGAUAAGUCAAAAUUAGCCUAAAAACUGAUAUCUUAUAGAUGUCACAAAGGCAAGUGUGCUCCUUGAGCUUUGAGACGAAAAUCCGAAUUUGUUUUUUGACCCGUCGAACGGAAACUGUAGGUUAAGAUAGUAGGUAACCUUGCUACCCCCGAGGCGACUGAACCGCUUCUCACCCACAGUCCUUCUUGUUACUGCCAUCUUAUCGUUGAUACACAGUAAAUCUAAUCAUCUAGCUCUUCUUCGACGUUCGACCUCGUGUUUCUUUGAAAAAAAAAAUUAAGGAAAAAUUGUGUUAGUAUAAAAAGUGUCGAGUUUUAAAAUGCCUUUAAAAAAAAUCGAACAAAACGUUCUUAAAGAAUAUCAUACAUGGAAAGUUGAAAAUAUGAGUGAAAUAUUCGCAAAAGUAAAUCCGGACGAGGACCAGUUUCCAAAUUAUCCUGUUAACGAGACUCACUAUUUUUCUACAGAAUUUCAAGGUCAUGCCGUUGACUGGUACGUCACAUUGAAUUUUUGUGAAGACCAACUGCAGGGUGGAUUCAUGAUAGAUUUCGACGCUAUUAAAAAAUUGGAACCUAAGAAUCAUGUCACCUGUAAUUUUUACCUGAUCGAUGCCGACAAAAAUAAGUUUUUUCUUGGACGAAAGAACCGGAAAUUUUAUGAGUCUCCGAAAUCUUAUUUUCCUACAGUACAUACCAGCUGUUUACCUUACCCCGAGUUACCGAACACAAUAGAUAAACUACUUCCAAAUGAUACCAUGACACUGUACAUCGAACUCAUAACUUACUUGGAUGGUGAUCCUAUAUUUCCUGACGAGAAUAUGAUUAGUACUUAUUAUCCAGAUCCCAGUUUAUCAGAUGAUUUCUCGGAGUUAUAUAAAGUUCAAGAUGACCGUGAUGUUAUGAUUUAUGUGCAGGGUGUUGCAUUUCCAGUCCAUAAAAGAGUAUUGAGAGCACGGUGUCCUAAAUUAUAUGAAAUGGUUGAUUAUCAUCAACAAAUAUCUGAUGGCAAUGAUAACCCAGUAGCUCUUACGGGCAUAGAGCCAGAGAUAUUUAAAAGAGUUUUAGAAUUUAUGUACACUCGGAAUGUUGAGGACUUGGAUGAUCAUGCAGUAGGUUUGCUAGAAGCUGCUUCGAAAUAUGAAUUAAUAAGACUGAAAAAUCUGUGUGAAGAAUCCCUCGCCAGCUACUAUUGUACCUUCGAAAAUUCUGAAGAAAUUAAAUCGUUGGCUGCUAAGUGUGGUGCCGAACAAUUGUUCUGGACCACCGAUUGUUUACAACAAAAACACGCUGAAAAAAAAAAGAACUGUUUUUUAUUUAAUAAUACUGUAUACAAGGAAUUAAGUUUAUUGCAGAGUGGAUUGUCUUUGCAUCACUAGAUAGCAAUUCAUUUAUUCAUCGCAGUAAGAUUUUUCUUCAUAAAAUUUAAUACUUUCCAAACAAAUUUGUUUUGUUUUGGGCUUAACUUUUGAGUUUGCAUUUUUCCACUUUUGUUAAAACUUUCAAUAAAAAGUUGGAUUUACUUACCUCCAAUUUAUAAUCUAAAUUUCUAUUUAAUAUGCUCAAAAAGUUUUAAUUUCAGUCUUUA